AUGCCUCCGGCAUCAAGAGGGCUGCAGCUGGCUCUACGACAUUGCUCACCAUACAAGCCACUACGACAAUUUCAGACGCAGAGUCGUGUCAGAAGCAGCUACGUGCCUCCUACACCGAGGCCCAUACCCAAGGCCAGACCCAAGGCAUCAGUAUGGAGCAGAGUACAACAAUUAGAGAUGCGACAGCUCUGGAAAGAGCUCUGGAGGAACUUUCGUGAAGCACGAAUAUGGGCACCCUUCCGAGCCAUUUCACGCCAGAUACACAAAAUACCAGCACCAUACCGACGGUUCAUAGGCAACGUCCUCAAGUUCCUGCCCAUAAUCUCAGUCGCGAUCAUCCACUUUCCCUACCAAGUCAUGCACACCAAUGGCAGCUCCAUGUCUCCAUUUCUCAACCCGAACAACACGCCCGACCUGCCCGAGACGAAAGACAAGCUCCUCAUCAAGAAGCUCGGCAUGGAGAACCUCGGCUUCUUCCGCAUGAAGUACACACCGGACGGCACAAUCAGACGAGGCGAGAUUGUCGUCUUCACCACGCCGCACGACCCGACCAAAAUCGCAGUGAAACGCGUCGUCGGUCUGCCAGGUGACAUCGUCACGCCCCUGUCGGGUUUUGACGGCCCGUCCGAAGUCAUUGUGCAGUACAACCAUAUCUGGGUGGAAGGCGACGUCGACGACCGGGAGAAGAGCCGCGACAGCAACUGGUAUGGCCAGAUCAGCCAGAACUUGGUCAUUGGCCGCGUAGUGGCGGUGCUCGAGCCCUGGUACAGCCCGCGAUGGCUGAAUAUCGACGAGCACAACUACCCCGCCAAGCGCAAAGGCCGGGUAGCGAAUGACGCAGUGGCGGAAGCGAAACUCGAUAUUGACCAGCAGGCCGUGCGCAGCGUGUGGACCGCGGCCGACAACAAAAUUACUGUGCUACUCGCCCAGCUGCGUGGCGCAGCGUCACGCAAGACGGUCGUGAACAUGCUUAUGAGGGAGCAGAAGGCGCGCACGAAAGCGGCACGGCACUACGGCGAUGCGUUGGAUGAAGCUAUGCGCAACGACCCCAACACGCGCGCCACGGCGGUAGAAGUGGUCGAAGCUUUUGCCGCUGUCUUCGAGCAGGCCGGCCUGGACGUAGUGCUAGACGAGCACCAGAGAUUGGAUCUGCAGCCCAAUAUGGAGGCGCGUGAACGUAUGAAAGAGCAGGUAGGCAGAGCCGGUAUGAUGGCGAAAGCGGAGAAGGAGCUGGAAGAGUACGAUCAGUGGAGCUGGUGGAAUCGGUACAAGCCUAGGGCUGUGCUGGCGGGUCGACUGGAGAAGAGGAAGGCGGAGUGGGAGAAGGAGGUCAAGCAACUGGAACGGAGGAAUGCUUCGACGAGGGAGCUGGAGAAUUUGGAGGCUGGCCACUUGGGUGCUGCUACUGGGCGGCGCGAGUAG